AUGGAAGAGGUGUUCUUUAAAUCCGCCUUACCUGCGCAGGAGUCCUUCGUGCUGGAUGACACCAGUCUGGCUCUGCCUGCCAAGCCGAGUCCAAGAUCUCCGACACGGAUGAACUCAAACGAGAGGAGCCUCCGUGUCCACCAGCAGGUUCAGCUGACACUGGCUCGGAAGGCAAAGAGGAGUGUGUCAAACGGUAAUGUAGACUUUGAGAACUCCUUAAAGAUGAAAUAUGGGGAAAAAACACCUUUAAGUGGACUCGAUAUCUUUGCACAGACAGAUGCAUGUCAGGCCACCCCUACACCGUGCCAGCGUUUGUACGUGAAAGGGUCAUUUUAGGGAUCGUGUGACACUUUCAAGAAAAGCCUAGAAACAGCUUUUUAUCUCUAAAUAUAUGUCAUAUCUUUGGUUUUACUGUUGGAAGCAUUUAAACGAUUUCACCGUACAGUUUCAAUUGAAGUUUUAGUUUCAGCUCUUCCACUGAGGUUUGGUCCUGUUGUUUCCUGUCCUCUGUGGUUGACCAACUAUGCUGAAUAUAAAGCAGCUUAAUAAAAGAGUGACCUUCUUCUUGAAUCUUUAUCUUAUCAACUACCUAACUAACAACACCUAAAAGUAUAAACCGUACUUUAUCCUCAUUUAAAGAAAUGAUCCAAACAGUGUUUAUCUUGCUAUCUGUCAGAUAACUGUUUACCUGUUUAUCUUGUUAUCCCAUGUUAAGAGCCCUUGCUGUACAAAAUCUUCAAUGUAAGAUUACUUAUUUAUAAAGAAACCAUGGUUUAUGUCUCAGACAUUGAGUAUCUCCUGUCAUUUGAAUGAAUACAGUUAUAUUUUGUGCGUGAAAUGCCUGCGGUAGAGCAGUUUGCCUGUUUAACAGGUUUCUGCAGUUUCAUCCGUCAGCCUAAAGGAAGAUGAAAGUGACAGCUGGCAGGUCUUGAAUGUGAUAUAUCACCCACUGCUCUGCUUUCCAGGGGGUUAUACCUUUUUUUAUUCAUUAUGCACCAGUGACUUGAAUAUAUUUGGCAUGUGGAUGGAUAAUCUCUAUUGUUAAUUUCUUCUUUAACCAAAAAUAAUUAUUUUUGCAACAUUAAAUAUCACUUUCCCACCAUGUAAGAGUUAACUUCUUUGUACAAAAUGAUGCAUCAUGUCCACUUUCUGUUUAGGAUUAUUUAAAGUACCUAUUUCUUUUUCCCACAGCUGUUUUCUUCGUAACAAUCCUCAAUGCAACUAAAGUCUUCUAGUUUGCAUUUUUUCAAAAAUACGCCUGUAGCACCUGUCUUCUGAGAAAGCUGGGAUGGGGCUCAUACCUUAAAGCUGACGAGGAGUCACUGUCAUGUUUCCAGGUUAAUCCAGUGUGAAAUGUAAGACUCUAACAAAACCUCUUUAACUCGUUUCAGGUAGUGUCCAUUUACAGAAAAACACAACAAAGAGUUUUGAUGCUGCAGAUGGAUCUUUACCGAACAUGAAGGUAAGAGAAGGGUUUGACUUAACUCAAACUGGUGUUAGUAUUAAUGACAGACAGCCAUCAGUCCAAAACUCAAGACCCAGAUGGAUCCAUAAAUACGAACGAGGCUGUGAUUUAAAUAUUGUACACCAUAAUUUAAAUGUAGUCAAAUGGUCUGCCUCUGCGUUAUCUACACGACCUCAGAAGCAAAGAGAAUGAACUGUUGUGCUUUAUGUUUUAUAAUGUUUUGACAGCAUUAAUACUGUUAAAUGUUUCCACGACAUGUAUGUCAGUUUUAAUCUUAUUUUACCAAUAAAUAAUCACAAAAUAAGUAACCUCAAUGUCCUUUUUGCCUGAUAAGCAUUAAAGUCAAAGUCAGUUUUGAGAUUCAGCAUAUAUUUCGCAAAACAGAGUUUAGAGUGAACACCUGCAAUAGCAGAUCGUUGAAGAAGGAGGAUAGAGUAAAGAAAGAAUGACAUGAAUGACUUAAUGAAUGAAUGAAUAAUUAUAUAAUGAGUAGAAAACUUUUUUUUUUCUUGAACUUGCACUAUAUGAGGGAUAAGUCAUAUAGGCAAAAACAAAAUAUUAAUUUAUACUUAAUUUGUUCAUUCAGACCUGGUCUGUGAGCACUGUCUUAUAUAUUCAGUGAUUUAAUAAAACUUCUCGGGUCUGUAUCAAACAGCUGUCAGGGUUAACUUCCUUUUAAAUAGACAAUUCCAACAACUUUGAGCACAAUAUUCAGGUUGCUAGGCAACAGUCUACUUUCAAACUAGCAUCAUCCAGAUUCUUUAAGGCUUGUGUCGGCAGCUGGUCUGGUUCUGGAGGUGCUGAGGGCCCGACACUGUCCAGCACACUGGUUGCUCCUUUUUAGUUUCCUCUGGUUGGGUGUUGAUCAGCUGUGUGAGUUUCUGUCCUCUGAGUCUUCUACAAUAAGCUGAUGUUGCUCACUGGCUCUUUAAGAGGCUAAGUCCACUAAUACUGUUUUUUACUGAUAGUACCCAAAACCUGAAUGUCAGAGUGUUUCUCACCUGUGCUAACUGCUGCAAGGAUACAAAAGUACCUUUGAUCAUUAUUAGUAUUGACUGGUUACCAAUUAGAGACACUUAUGUAAGCAUUCACAUAUGAUUUUAUUGAUUUAAAAACAUAUUUAUUUGUGCAGUGAAAGAAGUAGUCCUUCAAAUUUAGACUUCAGUAGCAGCAGUAUUCUUAUCAAUCAAAGAUCAUUCAGUCAUUCGAUCAGUCAAACUUCUGUAAAAGGUCCAGUUAAAUUUGUAAGAAAGCUCAGUAAUGAUUACAUUUAGAGUCCUUUAGGGAUUUACAGGACUAGGAGAAUAAACAGGACACAAUAUGUGAAAAUGUGUUUUUCGUUUUUGACAGGUUAAUGGAUACAGCUUCAACAAAAACUCAUUUUCAACAACUCAUUUGCGGAGACCAUCAAGGAGGGUGGAAGUCUCUCCACCAUCAAGCCCAAACAUACACCGCAAUCGCUUCACUUGUAGCACCCAGCGCUAUGCGACAUACACCCAUCCAGGACCAAGUCAGCCACGCAGGAUAGGGUCCCUCCUGGACCACCAGCUCAGCUCUGACUCAUUCCAUCGCUAUGCCCUCUCAGAAGCUCCCUGUAUCAGGAGACCCCAGGCGUCUACAUCCACACUCGGGAGCUUCCGUGGUCAGUCGCAGAAACUGGUUGCAGCUCCUCAGCCUGUGUUUGCAGCGAUCCAGCAAAGUAGCGAAUAUGGUGGCUCUCGUUGGGGUCAAACUAUCAUCAAACAGGACAAACAGAUGGUGCAGGGACAGAGUAGGGAUAUGAUGCUCAGUACUAACCAGACUGAUGAAGGCCUGUCCUGGUUGGCAAAGAUCAGGAGGGAUGGUCAGAGGCUCCAAAGACUGAAUUCUUAUCCCCCUUCAGUUACUAGCAUGGAGGUGGACCUGGGGAGACAGAUUGAUGUCGAGCCCCCCUGUCAAGAGAUCCAAGCACAGAACGUCAUUACCCAGUAAGAUCUUGUUUUUUCUUGUUUGCACAUUAUAGGAUACAUUUUCAAGGGCCUGUGUCCACUAACAGCAUUUUUUACAAGUUUGUAAAAAAAAUCACCUGUCUUUUAGUAAUAAAUCAAAAUCAAGAAUUCCUAAUGUCAGCUUUGUCAUCAAUGGCAAAGAUGUGUACAAAGGGAACCAACAAUUUUUUUCCGACAGAAAUUUUUUUAGGCCUUGAGCUGCUGCUAAUGCUAAAACAUGAUUUCAACCAAGUGUUACAUUUUCUUUGUAAAAUCCAAUUUAAUGACAUGCAGCUGACAGAGCAGCUGAAAACAAACGUAAUAUACAACAAGGAAGAGUUAACACCACAGCACAUGUUUCAGUAUCUAGGAACGGUAAAUAUUGUCAGAGGUGCUCUGAAAUUUUAGGCAUUGUCUGUAAAAAAAUGCUUUAAGUGGAAACAGGCCCUGAAUGAGUCUGAUUUAUGAUCCAGGUUUAAUGACUGUAACUCUGUGGGUUCUGUGACUUUGGGGUUGGUGUAUUUUGCAAUUGAAUGCUGCCUUUCCACACAGAAAGUCGGUGAACAAGCCUCCAGAGAUGACGAUAGAGAGAGCCAUAAAACUAUUGGAGGAGGACAACGAUGACACCCUAAUCUCUGCAGGCAGCUUCUUACAGAAUCAGUGUUUCAGGAGUACAGAAGCAAAGAAGAUGGUGGGUCUGGUCACACAUAUCUUAACUUAAUCCUUACUUAAUAAUAUGGCAACAAAGAAAAGUGGAAAACUGAUGAUGGUUGGUUGUGUUGUUUGGAUAUUGACUUAGCUUUAAACAGUUUAAGAGGCCAAAGGAAGUUUUGUUUUCAUGUUGUUGAUAAGUGUGACUGAAACAUACUGCAGCUCGAUGAAACCAGCAGAUUCAUUGUCCAGUAAUCAUCCAUUCACUCAUUUCCAGGUAUAUUACCUCCGUGGGAUUAAAAAACUUCUUCAGCUGUUACGCAGCGACAAUGAGGAGGUGCAGUGUGUCGGUGCUGGAGCUCUACGUAAUGUUGUAUACCAAAGUGCUGAAAACAAGAUGGAGGUGAAGGAAAACAACGGCCUGGCUAUCAUUUUGCGAGCGCUGAAGACCAGCCGCGAUGUUGAGACCAGAAGAGAACUCACAGGUCAGGAGUUACAGCUACAGAAACAAUGAAAUGGUGAAAAGAAAUUGUGUUAAUUGUAUUUGUUGCUGCAUCAUCUCAAGCUGCAGAGGGAGUCUUUGAGGAGAGGUUCUCUUUUACCAAGAGUGAAUAGAUGGAGUCUUUGAAAUGUUGGUGGUUAUUGUUAUGUUACCUGAUACUUGCAUGUUUGUUAUGUGGUCAGCUAUCCUGCUGCUGAAGGGUGGGGCUGUUCUGGUGAGAAUGGGAACAGCUGGUGAUAUAAACAGGAGAUUUUCUGUGGACCAGGUCGUCUCAUUUCAGUUCAGCCUGAGUAGUCUACACCCUGCACUGAGGCAGGGUCCUGCAAGGAAUCCUACCCCUGAAUUUGGACACAGCAUGUUACACAAAAGCAGAUAUAAGGGAUCUUUAAAAUCUUACUAUCAGGGUUUAAACAUAAGGACAGAGUUGUUUAACUUUUUGCAAACUCUUAAGUACAUCCUUGUCCCACUUCUAGGUCUAUUGUGGAACCUCUCCUCUCAUGACCUCUUGAAGGAUCGCCUCUCCAAAGAGGCGUUAUCCGUCCUUACUCAGUCCGUCCUUGUGCCCAGUUCUGGCAUUUCUGAGGGCGAGAACCCAAAAGACGAGCUCCUGGCUGAUGAUGGUGUUUUCCACAAUGCGACAGGCUGCCUGAGGUAAGCUUGUUUAACUUUACAACAAUCAUUCAGGGAGUUUUUGCAGUGUAAGUUUUUGAUGGGAGUCAUCAGAUACUGUUGCUUAUGUGAGAUCAUCAGCUGACAUCAAACAAAAAGAGUCAAAUACCUCAGCAAAAAUGACCUCUAUGGUUGACACAUGUUUUGACUGUAAGAGAAAUGCUUGGAACUUAUCUUAAAAAUCUCUAAAUCAAACGUUUUGGUCGGUAGUUCAUAUUGAAAAAGUUGAGGAAAAGUGUUUUGUACCAGUUUGAAAAAGUGUUGGGUCACUGUGCUAAAGGAUGUCAAACUAUAACAGGAACAUCGUCUGCGUUUCUCAUUUACUGUUGUCAUUUUAAAUGGAAUUUUACCGUAAUAAGAAGUUAGUAAAACUGAAUGUAAUUCUGGAAAUUAUUUUUUUCCUGUCCUGUUUUUUUAAACAUCCUUGAAGGACUGGGAGUCCACAGUAUUGCUGUUUACUUUCAGAGGCCUUGCUCAAGGUGAUUUCCAUUGUCAAUAUGCUCACGUUCAGCAAAUAGAAAGUUAUUGUCAUGACCGCAACGUUUUUGUUUGUCAACAUGGUAAUACCUUCACUAACCCUAAACAAAAAGUAAAGAGUAGGCCAACGGGAAUUUGGUUAGUGUUAAACAAAAGAUAGGAGCUAAUAAAAAUUUCCAAAAGAACUGUCAAGACAUGGCUUUUAGGUUGGUGCAUUUUAAAAUAUUUUUUUCAUGAAGACAUUUUUGGUAAGUGUGGCUAAAUCUAGGAUUUACAAAUGUUUAAAUCCUAUUUAAUCACUAAAUGUUAAUAGUUAAUCCUGAUUAAUCACAUUUUUUUUAUCUCAUCUCAACCCAAAAUGAUGUUAUUCUGCAUAAGUCCAUAUUGACUUUUUGGCAUCUUGAUUUUCAACUUCAGUGAAUGCUAUAAAAUGUUCUGUAUGUUCUUAGCUUUUCGAUUCGUUAUUCAAAUGAACGUUUCAGGAUUACGUGUUUCAUCCGAAGACGAACUUUAUUGAUCCCCUAAGGGAAAUUCAAAUAUAAAUACAAUAAAAAUUCAACAUCUGCAGGGCUGUGAUGACUCAGACCCUCCAAAACAAAACUUUGCCAUCUAUGUCUGUAGGACAUCAGUCUGGUUUGUCUGGUCAGUUGCGCCUGUAUGCGGAGCUCGUGGGAUGUAGCUCAAACUCAAAGUAGCCCUGCUAAAAACAACAUGGUAAAUAAUCUUAAAUAAUAUCAGAAUGACAGUAUUUAACAGUGAUAGUGAUUGCCAAAGUCUAGUUUUUACUAUUUACUGUUAAGUGUUGGUCAUCAUCUUUUCUCCUCCUUUUAUUUACCACCUGUUGUUUAACUGAGCAAUGCCACAAUAUAUCCUUUAUGUUCUGAGCAUAUGUAAUUUAUUCCUGUUGGAAACAUGUUGUUGCUGUGUGUACAAAGCAGGAGGUACGACACACUGGUCCCCUGGCAACUACAGCCGGAUCAAAUAAGUGAAAACUGAAUAAUUGAUGCUGCGCCCUCUUCUCUCUGCUCCUCUGCUUCAAUGUUCUCAAGUUCUCCUUUAGGUCUUCAAACCUUUCAAGCUUUGUGUGGAUGAGGAAAUUAUCCUUUAUUGUCAUUCACAUUUGGUUACAACACAAAGAACCUGCUGUGUGGAUUGAAAGUGUUUGAAAUUGAACAACAAAAUGCCUCAAUGGGUCACUCAGUCAGGACAAAGUUACUAAAAAUUAAAUUAAACAGCCUGAGUGUCUGUACUCCUACAAAAGUGACCGAGCUGAAUAAACCUGCAGACGGCGAUCAGUGUUCAUGUCAGCGCAGUGAUAUUAUGUUACACUCAUAUCCCUCUUUGCAUAAACAUGCUCAGAGUAAAUCCACUGCACUCCUGUGAAUGCACACCCAGCACUUUUUACAGUGUAUCUCAUUUAUUAUAAAGACUUUUAAAUGAUUAAGACAUGCAGAAUUCAAUAAUUAUUUGAUAAAACUCUUGACAGCCAAGUUUGUACAUGAUAUCUGAGAUGUUUGUGUGUAAAUGUGCAACACCAAUGCAUGCCACAGUUUGUGUGUAUGUUAUGAAAGUAACCUUUAUCCCCUCUCACAAGAAUGGUUUGCUUAGGUGUGACAUAAUUUAGUUGAAUCCAAUUUUCUUGACAAAUAUUUUAAUGUACUAUAAUUUAAAUUUAAAAAGUGUCCAUCUCAAAACCAGCCAAAGUUGUGUCAACUUGCACAUUCUAUACCAAAACUUCCCUGUUUGGCAGAAAACAGCUCGAUCUGUCAGCGCUGCCUCUUCUGUGGCUGCACAAACUUUAUAAAAUGAGCCUCCAGGUCUUCUCAGCUCCUCAAUGUUUGCAGUUUGUUGUUUAAAUAAGAGGCGAUGCAAAACAAAGGUAAACCCUGCUGCUGUCGCAACUUUUUAAAACCUGUUCCUGGCAUCAAAUAUAAAUCAGAAUACGUUUUUGUUUUUAGUUUCAACAUUUGAUGUUUUUUUUAGCCCUAUGUCUGCAGAGUUUAAACCUUUUGAAAUCAGUUUUUAUUUAUUUGUCACAUGGUUGUCUUUUGCUGCAAAGUCAAGCACCACCCGCAGACCAUCAGGUGAUAUAAACAGUCCAUAUCAGCUGACAAUUCAACCAGCUACCUUCAAUGCAUCUACUCAGAAAAUGUCGAAAUCAUAGACUGUAUAUAGAAUGGACAGCGUUUGCCUCCUCCCUGGGUGAAGCCACCCCGAGAACAGCACCCUCUGGUGACGGGCUGCAGUAUAGGUCAUAAAUCCCGCCUCCACACAGAAUAAACAUUUUUCUCCCCCCUGCUUGUGAUGUUGACAUGUAGUUACUGUAAGACUGGUUUGUGCUCAAGUCCUCUUUUUUCUGUGCAGCUCCAUUUUUAAAAGUUAUUAGUGGGUUCCUGUUUUCUAUUAUUGACGCUUGAUACAGUCUAUGGGCGUACGAAGAUUGCGUAGCUCACCCGGGGCUACGCUGUUUGAGCCAAGCCAAGCGUCAUCACAGCGACUCUCCCACCUAAUGUGUACCAUGGUACUGUGGAAGUAAUGGAGUGCAUACAACGCUCCUGUGCAAUGUUGGUUUCAGGAAGUGGAGAAAAAUCGCAGAAAUACUGAGACCUUUUUGGCUUCAAAUCCAUAAACUGGUGGAAGGCGGAACCAAGUUGUCCAUAAUAUAUACGGUCUAUGGUCCAAAUUUAGUGCUUUACUGAAACUGUUUUUGCUUGCUCACUCCUGCUGCUUUCUUUGCAAACUGCCUUGUAACCCACCUCCACCCUAAGUCCUUCCCUUUAAUGCUGUCAUAGGUAUUGCUGCUGAUUCCCACUCUAUUCUGCACACUGAGAGUCUCUGCUGCAGCUCUACUUGCCUUGGUUUUUCAUGUAUGCAAAUGAAAGGGAGAGGAGCUCUCCCUGCUGCAGGCAUAAGCUCUCAGAACAGGACCUUAUACUCACUGCAUGCACAUAUAAUGAUUUUUGAUGACAGUGGUUCUGAUUGAACUACAUUUAAGCGCCAGCAGUUUAAGUUUCAGCGAAUAGAUUUUGAUUUCAUCAUCUCAUUCAUGUUGGAGUGAUAGCUGACGUUUUUCAGUUCAAUCGUUGCUCUCUGUUGAAUCAGUUUAGCCCUGAUUUCUGAAUUUUCUGUCCUCUCAGUCUGCAUGUCAUACAUGAGACGUUCUGAGGACACAGAAGUUUUUCACAGUUGACCUGAAAUAUCUACUCACUGCUUUUUUCCAGAGCAGAUAUAAUAAAACACGAUCUGCUGUGAAGGUUUUUUUGGGCCAUUUCGAAUCUUUAUAUUUGUAUGUGCUUUCAGGGAACAGGCCUCCUUCUUCUGAAUUUCAUCCUCAAGUGUGUUGCAACCCUCUUCUUUUUACUUGUUGAGGGUACUGGUACUUGUUAUUGAGACAUGUAUUCAGCUGCAUCUUCCAGUUUACACAGCUGAGGCUUGAUUGUCUUGUCUUUUUCUGUAUGUGUAAGUGUGAGCUUUCCACUGUGACUCCUCCCGUGCUUUUAUAAGCUGUUUUUUAAAACAAGCUUUCAUUUGUUCAGGGCAGCAGUGCGUUUGCACUGCAGUGAUUUGACGUCUGAAACCAGUUCUUGGUUUCUCUUAGUCACAUGUUGAAGCUCUUGAGCAGUUUUUUCCUGCAGGAUUGCAGCCUCAUAGUCCCUCUGGAGUGACCUGGCUUUUCUGUGUUCCCUGUUAAGGUCUGAAGCCUGCUUGUCAGUCUCUCUUGCAGCGAUUAAAUGAUGCUAUCUUUGUCUCAAGCUUCAGUUUGAAGAGCCUAAAUCAUUUUGAGUCUCUCUUCAUGCUCAGUUGCUUCUGUACAGAUAUUGAUCAAAAGUUGUACAUUUGACUUUCACAGCCUUUUCUGUGACUUCUUUAGAUGAGCCACUUGUUCCUUUAAGGGGUCAUUUUCAGCAUGAAGGCUGUUUCUGUCGUCUUGCAUGGUCUUGAGGAGAAUUCUGGACUCUUUUCUACCUCCUCUGAUAACAGAGUCUUGAUUCUCUUUACCAAGAGGCUUGAAAAAUUAGACUUUUUGUAACAUCUUACAGCAGUUUAUAUGACGUUUCUCUUUAAUAUGUGUAACAGAAAAUCUUUGACAUCAGUUUUUACGGGACUUUUCAAAGGUAGAAUUACUUGUUUUACAUUUCUGAGCUGAGAUGUACAUGUAAUUCAUUUUAAAAGACCUAUAGAGGAUUUUGAUUUUAAAACCAUAUGAGUGAAAAUAAGGGAAUUUCAGAAAGCUCACUUUAAUGUGUUUUUGUUUUAAUAUUUCUGAAUUUUCUCUUAUGGCUCUGGUUUUAUUUACGCUUUCGUUUCCAGAAAUCUGAGUUCUGCUGGUCCUGAAGGCAGAAGAGCCAUGAGGGACUGUGAGAAUCUCAUCGACUCUUUGGUCUACUACGUUCGGGGAGCCAUAGCUGACUACAAGACGGAUGACAAGGUGAAAUAGAAAUGAAACUUUAGUCUGUAUGAAACUGGGGUGGUCAGGGAUGGCAUUGCUGAAGAGCCACCUCUGUAUCUUAACAUAUAUUUAGUAAGUUCAGAUUCAGGCUUAUGCCAAAAUCCACUUUUACAGUUGUAUCUUAACAGGCUAGCUGUAGCAGUUUAUGUAUUUAAAUGUUGCUUUUCAGGCUCUCAUUCAGGCUUCAGUUUGUUGUAUUUAUGUUUACAACUUGACUGGAAAGUUUACUUUACUGUGUUAGAUUUAAUAUUUACACUCUCUAAAGUCCACAGAGAACUGCGUCUGCAUUUUGCACAACCUGUCCUAUCAGAUGGAGGCAGAGCUUCCUCAGAAGUACACCAGAGAUCUCCGAGAAUCUCGACAAAACUUGGCUGCCGAGCCAAAGCCUGUCGGCUGCUUUGCUUAUCGCAGUGCCAAGAUCACAGAGGUAAUCCCUUCGGAUGAAAAUCCACUCUGACAUUACAAAAAGUUUCCUCACAGUGUGCUUAUUAAAAGCUUUACUGUGUGAGAUCUGCAGGAGGAAUGCAGGUUUUAUCAGCAGUCUUUUAGAUUAAACUUUAAAGAUAAACUCUUCACAGGUCUUUGCAGUCCCUUUAAACUCCUUAAACGAUGAUCUGGAUUUCAGACAAUGUCAGCCACAAAUUCCUGAUACUUAAGCCAGUUUAUAGAAUCAUCAUGCUUGUUAGCUGCUCUUUGUUGUCAUGUAACCAAGCAUCUUUACUCAGGAGCUGGAGCAACACUGCCCCCUGCUGGAGGAAAAGGCAAACCCCUGUGGCAUUGAGUGGCUGUGGAGCACCAUCACAAUCAGGAUGUACCUGUCGCUGAUCGCCCGCAGUGUGAGACCCCAAACACAGGAGGCUGCUGUCGGAGCCCUGCAGAAUAUCACAGCCGGGAGCGGAGCGGUAAGAGGGGACAACAUAAAACUUAAAGAAGACCACACAGCUGAAUUUAGACUUUGAAAUGUCUGCUGUUGGGUUCAAUGAUACUUUUGGGAUCCAAUUAGGAUUGAUACUUGUAGUGGUAUUUUGCUGAAGAUUUUAUGUCUUAGAAUUGUGUGUAAUUAAAAGCAAAACCCUUUUUCAUCAUUUCCCCUCUCGAGUUAAAGGGAUAUUCUGGCGUAAAAUUAAUUUUGGGUCAAACACACCGCAACCCCUCGAGAGAUGAAAGUUGCUGACCGCUUGCUUCUCUAGUAAUACCAACUUUUAGUAACGACCGCACGAUAGCAUUACACAGUGGUCUGAGGAGCCAUAAACAAACCUUAACCAAAACACCACUCUAUAGCCACAAAUAAUGCUCAGAACAGCACCUAACUUCAUCAACAGUACAUAGAGGGUCCCAGCCACAGAACUAGACACCAAACAUCUUUUUUACUUUGUCUAAUUUCUUUAGCAAAGAGACUAAACACACCUCACCUACUCUCUUCCAGCAGCCACUUGUUUGUAGCGAGACCUCGGGCCAGCCCAUUAUGAACUGGUGCGAGUGGACGUUUGGUUGUUACUAAAGUUGGUAAAGCUAGAGAAGCAAGCGGUCUGCAACAUUCGUCUCUCGACGAGGUUUCUAACUCGGUGUUACAGUGUGACUGACCCUAAAUUAAUUUUACACCGGAAUAUCCCUUUCAUGUAAAAAUGUCUCAUCUAUGUUAAGACCUGGAAACAACAUCCUAUAACAAUGUCUGACACCGAUUUAUUUCUGUGGCCUCACAGAUAGCUGAAGCCAUCACUUUCACUAUUGUUAAGCGGGAAAAUGGCCUUCAACAUAUCAAGAAGAUGUUAGAAGAAGGAGAGAGUGACGUGAGGAGGACGUCCAUAUCUUUGAUCAAAAACCUGUCACGAUACCAAGAGCUACAUCCUGACAUUGGUAACUGAAAUUUUUACCUGCCAAAUACAAAGCCUGGAUUUAUUUACACUCUUGAGCCUCUUCCACAUGCAUCCUCCUGAAAAUUUCAGGUCAUUUUCAGGAGUGUGCCCUAAAAUGUUCAUAAAUCGCUUGUUAACACAUGUUUCUUGUGAAUUUUUUGCUGUAUGGUGACAGAAGAAGUGGUGUGCAUAUGCAAAAAAUAAUACAAACUUUUUUUCAAGCAUGCACAAAGCCCCUGAAAACUUGCAGGCACAGCAGGUUGUGUCUUUCAUGGUCUCCUUCUCUGCCCGCACUCCCUCGUUCAACUGGGAAAACUUCAUUACUGUGAGGGGCAUGUGAGAACAAGCAACUCUGGGAAAUUUUAAGGGCAGUGCUGCUAAAAAUUUGCAGAAAUUUCCAGUUAAGGUUUAAGCUUAUCUGUUUGUAUUUUGUCCUCAAGUCAAUCAGGUGUUGCCAGAAGUGGUACAGAUGCUGCCCCAUGAUGACACCGGUACUGACCUGCCUACUGAGCUGACGGCGUCCCUGCUGCACAUCCUUAUCAGUCUGAGUCAGAGUGACAUGAAGCAUGUCAAAACCAUCGUCAACCAGGGAGCACUCCCGAGGAUCAUUAACAUCAGCAGCAAGGACAACGGGUUAGUGUUUACGGUGACACAAAUAAGAAAGAUAGAGUGAAAAGAGAGAAGAUUUGUGCCUGAGUAGGUGAUUUUAGGAAAGAUGAACCAGAACAUUUAAACUCCAAAUGCAACCUGCUAAGAGAUUGUUCCUUAUAUGCACUGUUUUUCAAAAGUUUUGGACCAUCCAGAGCUGGACAGGCGGCUUGUGUUCUGCUGCACACCAUGUGGAAGUACAGUGAUCUCCAUGGGACAUACAAGAAGGUGAGGUCUUAUCCAUGCAACAUGAGGGGUGAUGUUUAGAGAACAGGGGGAGGUGCACAAACUGAUCCAAACAGGGGGGAACAGCCCCCUGCUGGAAAGUGGUGAUCUUAUGAUCAGCCUGCUCGUGGUUCAAGUUAUUCUAACUUAGUAUUUAAAUUCAUAUUUAAACAAAGCACUGGCCUGCUAAUUAAUUAUUGGGGGCCUAGUAGGCUGUCCUUACUGUGUCUGCAAAUCUUUUUUUUUUUCCAAUUUAAUCUUUAUUUAACCUAGAAUGUUCCCACUGCGAUACAAACCUCUUUUUCAAGGGAAUCAGCCGAGACAGCUGCAUAAAAAGUUUUAUGACAAACAACAGACAAUAACACAACUAGAUACAGAGAUCAAUAUUUGACCUGCUUUCAGCAGUAAAACAUGUACAUUCAAAAGGCAAAUGAAACAAACUAUUGAUUGAAAAUAAAGUAAACAGAUAAUUUGCUUUUGUUCUUGAGAAUAUGCAACAGUAAAACUAAUGGACAUGAUGGCACAGCUGUGACUGAAGUUACUUCAGAAAUAAAAUGACAAAAAAGAUAUAAAAAAUAUAAAGCUUGUACUCGCCAAUAUGGAUCUACAGCGCCUGCUUAUUUGAAAAUAAAAUCCAUCCUCCUUUCUUUUCUCAAAGAGACUUCAAUGGCUCUGUUGUACAGUUUAUUAUCUGUGCAUUUCAGUUCUAUCAGUAACUCCUUUUCUAUGGACUUGGAGGUCAAUGCUGAAAGUUGGUCUGUUCAGUUGUGUUUCUAUACAGGAAAAUACAGCAAAUGCUGUUGGUAGUUAAUAGAUCUCAUGGUUUAGUUCGAUAUUUUGCAAAGUGCUGCCAUUCAGGUUCUCAAGAGUGCUUAUCCAAUCACAGGAUGCGUACAUGCCCAGUUCCAGCAAUUGCAAAUAUUUCAAAUUUCCCUCAGCCUUUUUUUUUUUUACGACUAGGGAGCAUUAAAGUCAAGUUUUUAAUCCAAAUCUCUUCUCUGGACAGUGCGGCCACAAGAAAACUGAUUUCAUCAACCAAAGGACAACCAAGGCUGUGAAUUCUGCAUGA